CGUUCACCGAGCGCGGACAGCGGCAAACGGCUCACACCGGCGAACCACACUACGCAGUGCUGGCGGGUUUUGGUUUCGUUGUUGUGCGCGGCGUAGUGCAGCAAAACUGCGACGGGACGGACGGCGAAUCACCGACCGACCGUGCGGUUCGAGCGGCUCGAACACGGAAAAGCGAAUAAAGGCGUUUAGGCGAAUUCACUUCACCUCGCCCGAGGACUUGGUUGGGUUUCCUUACAUCGAGCGUGUGCUGUGUGCGUUUUCUGUUAAUUUGCUUUUCUGUUUAACGGCGUUCUUUUUGCGUGUGUUUUUUUUUUUUCGGUGUGUGCAAUUUCUGGGCGUGAUGUGUUAAAGUAUUCGGCCAAAUUCGCUUGAGAGAAUGGAGUAUGCUGCGAGCUACGAGUACGAUUGAAGCGGUGAAAACAUUAAAAUUGGUGCAUGAGUGGUGCAUAGUGAAUACAUCAAUCGCUUACAGAAAGCAAGCAACAAAGUUCAAUAACAGUGCAACAAACAGUGUAUUUGUGAUGCUCAAACGCAAUGCAAGAUAAAAACCAACCAGUGGGAAGCAAGCGUUCAAUUGUGAAUUGAGAUGGAUCUUACUCGUGCUACAGCACGGUUCUUCAGCACCAAUUAAAUCGUGCUAAGAUCUGUGUGGAAUUGUCAAAGAAAAAUGUUCUUCCGGUGUGCAUGAUGCGCAAACCAGCAAUAGCCCAAAAGCCGACUUCGAUUCAACAGUUUUGAAAAAAAAAACGAGUGCAAAAAUUGAACGAGAAAAUAACAGCCCGCAAUCUUUCCUAGUGGCGUGUGUGUGUGUGUAUUUUACAAGUGUGUAAAAGAAAGGAAAAGAUAUACAAAAUAGUGCAUUUUCUGGCUGCAAGUAGUGCAAAAAUGUGAUUGGCCUGCGAAAUGCUACAUAAAAUCUGUUAAAAAUUGAGGCUAACGUACGAAAGUGAGAAGUGAUUACAAAGUUGCACAAAAAAAGAGAAGAUGGAUCGAAAGAUUUUUUGAAAGAUUCCGGAAAAAAAGUUGGUCAAUGGUGUUUUGUGCAGUGCGAACGUGAAUUGUUACGAAUUAAACCUCCCCAGCAGGUGCCUGGUGGUGGUGAUUGAUCCUUACACGAUCGUGUGUUUUUCUGUGUGCAGGUGCAGUGAAUUGAAGGCUUGGUCGGAAUUGUUUUAAGGUUGCUAGGAACACGGUUUCUUUGUGCGGGUGAAAUUCUCGUAGCCAAGAAGCAAACACAAACAGGUCCAGAGUUCCGAGUGCCCGGAGAUAAAGCAGUGUUAUCCGUAAAUCCGUACUGUGAACCACCGGGAACCCAGUGCGAACCUUCGGCGAAGAUCGUGAGGGCGCUUGGCGAAGAUCGGUUCCGACAAAAUCGGCUGCUCGCCCAACCUCCGCAAACCUCCACGGCCCUCCUCGGUGAUGUUGUAAUGAGAUACGACGGCCAAGAACUGCUCCAAUCUGACGACUUCAGUAGGCCGGCGAAGGGAAUGGCCUAUCAUCCAUUCCUGCAGCUACCGCGACCGACUGACUUCAGCGUCUCGUCGCUGUUGACCGCGGGUUCGCCGCCGUCAGCGCAAGCCCAGCAGCAAAACUCGCCGGCGGCGGCCGCCGCAGCCGCGGCCGCUAUCAACAUGGCGGCCACGGCAGCCGGCACCGCACCGCCCGGUGCCGGCGGUCCACCCUCCUACUUCCCGGCCGCCGCCCUUGCCGCACUGUCGGGCGGCCCUGGGGCCGGUGGCCCACCGCCGUCCCAUCUGUAUCCGGGUGCGCUGCUGCCGAAGCUGCCGCCCCACCAUCCGCACGCUCACCAUCCGCUCGGGACGGCCUACACGACGGCGGAAGAUGUGGUGUUGGCGGCGGUGGCCGCCCAUCAGCAUCAUCCCGCGAUGAGGCCACUGCGGGCGAUGCAGCCGGAAGAUGACGGUGUGGUGGACGAUCCGAAGGUGACCCUCGAAGGGAAGGAGCUGUGGGAGAAGUUCCACAAGCUCGGGACGGAAAUGGUCAUCACCAAGAGUGGCAGGCAAAUGUUUCCGCAGAUGAAGUUUCGCGUGUCCGGCCUAGACGCGAAAGCAAAGUACAUUCUGCUGCUCGACAUUGUGGCGGCGGAUGACUACCGGUACAAGUUUCACAACAGUCGGUGGAUGGUGGCAGGCAAGGCGGACCCGGAAAUGCCCAAGCGCAUGUACAUCCAUCCGGAUUCGCCCUCGACCGGCGAACAGUGGAUGCAGAAGGUGGUCUCGUUUCACAAGCUGAAGCUUACCAACAACAUUAGUGAUAAGCACGGAUUUGUUGGCGAUGCCUCCACCGUUUGGACAAUCCUGAAUUCGAUGCACAAGUACCAGCCUAGAUUUCAUUUAGUUCGAGCAAACGAUAUACUGAAGCUACCGUACUCGACGUUUCGUACCUACGUGUUUAAGGAAACCGAAUUCAUAGCCGUAACUGCAUAUCAAAAUGAAAAAAUAACGCAAUUGAAGAUAGAUAAUAAUCCUUUCGCGAAAGGAUUUCGUGAUACUGGUGCCGGUAAACGGGAAAAGAACGAACCCCCGACCGGCCCUUCGCUAACCAGUACGGGUUUCAGUUGUUCUGCUUUCAGGCAGUCGUUGAUGGGACAGCGAAGCUCGGACGGUGACAAGCUCAGUCCGAGCUCCGUCAGCUCGUCGCGCGGUCCAGCUGGUUUGGACCACCGAACGAAUAGCAUAUCAGCGCUGGACGACGACGACAAGCUGCUGGACGUGGUGGGACCACCGCAGAGUCCGCUACUCUCGCUCAGCCAACAGAUGCAUCAUCACGCGUCAGCAGGUUGGUUCAACUUCGAGGACGUGCAGCGAGCGGAGGAAGCGAUGCGGCGGCGCCUCCAGUCGGACGAGAACGAACGGGACGGCAGCGACUCGAACUGCUCGGACAGCGUGUCAGGAAGCACAGGUGCCUUUCGUCCGACCUCGGGCAGCCCGAAGGAAUCGUCCAGCAGUGCCGGUACGUCCUACCCCUCGCCCAACAUCUCCGUCGGUCCGCCGAUCCAUCCGCCGCCCCACCUGCUGCCCUAUCUCUACCCGCACGGGCUCUACCCACCGCCCCACCUGUCCCUGCUGCACAAUCCGGCCGCCGCCGCUGCCAUGAACCCGAGCCUGCUGUUCAACGCGCAGCUCGCCCUUGCCGCCCAACAUCCGGCCUUCUUCGGGCAUUACUCGGGCCAUUCGCCCACCUCGCCACUGCACGGUCUCAAGGGCCAUCGCUUUUCGCCGUACAGCUUACCAUCCGGGCUAGGGUCGGCGUUUGACGCCGUUACGCCCGGCUCGAACUCGGCCGGUGCCCGCAGCCUCAGCAGCAGUCCCCAUCCGCGCGCUGCCUCGAACUCACCCCCAACCCGCCCCAUCUCCGUCUCACCGACACCCACCCAACAUCCGACCUCGCCGACGACGGCGGACGCGAAUGCUGCCGCCAACAUGCCACCGAACAGCAGCAUAGCCCCGCCACCUCCACCACCUUCGCAACCUUCCGCACCGACCGCACCCCCGGCCGCUUCCAUCAUGUCACCAGCAUCGGGAGCACCACCACCCCCACCACCAACCGUACCCGCGCUAGGACCUCCGCCACCAUCCGCCAACUCACCGUCGGAGCUGAAAAGCAUCGAAAAGAUGGUGAACGGGUUGGAGGUGAAGCACAACAUCAACGGCAGCACGGUGACGGUUGACGCAAAUGGCGCCAAAGGCCAUCAUCCUUCCCAUCCCGGGCACGAUCAGUGACGUAUGGUGAGUGGCGAGUAUCAUCAUCCCGGUUCGUACGAUCGCAGCGUACCGGUGGAUGUCGUUGGUGGUGGUGGCGGUCCCGGACCGAACCUCGACCAGGGCAUGUGACAGUUAGCGAUCGGUUCGGGCGACGCACUCCACUACGGGAUGUCGUAGGACUGUGUAAGCACACCUUUCGGACCUUUCGUUGUACAUAGAGCAGAAGUAUUUUAGUAGACACUUUUUACAUAGCUCCGUGUCGCUUUUCCAUUAAAACAUCGUCUUGUUUUCAUUGCUCAGUGGUUUUCUUUACGGGAGGGCGUUCUGUGCUCUUGAAUAAGCGAGCCGUGAAGCGAACGCGUGUGUGUCCACCAACUUACCAAAGAACAUCUGCUGCUAUAAAAAUGCGGUGUGAGCACUGAACAACUCUCCCGGGGGGGAAGGAAAUAUGUAAGUCGUUUUGAUAAAAUCGUUCCUUUUCUGAUUUUUCCCGGUGCAAGCUCGAACUUUCUAAUCCAUUUUCCAUCAACAAAACACAGUCCGGUACACGUUUUCUUCGAUUGAGUAGAUUGAUAAGGCAUACUCACCAAUACACAAACAAACACAUAGACCCACACCAAUACUGCUCACCAUCACCGCCAACUAUGAUCCAUUG